GCCGGCAGCCAACGGCCCCCGGGCCGGGGGACACAGGAGGGACCAUGAGCUCGGUGAACGACUACGAGGUACAGCAGCAGUACAGCCGCAUCAACGUGCGCUGGGAUGCAUCCGAUGACGAGCUGGACAACGACAACAGCUCCGCGCGCCUGUUCGAGCGCUCCCGCAUCAAGGCCCUGGCAGAUGAGAGGGAGGCUGUGCAGAAGAAGACCUUCACCAAGUGGGUGAACUCACACCUGGCAAGGGUCACCUGCCGCAUCUCAGACCUCUACAUGGACCUCCGGGAUGGGCGAGUGCUCAUCAAGCUGCUGGAGGUGCUCUCGGGAGAGCUGCUGCCCAAGCCCACCAAAGGGCGGAUGCGGAUCCACUGCCUGGAGAACGUGGACAAGGCUCUGCAGUUCCUGAAGGAGCAGAGGGUGCACCUGGAGAACAUGGGCUCACACGACAUCGUGGAUGGCAACCACCGCCUGGUGCUCGGCCUCAUCUGGACCAUCAUCCUGCGCUUCCAGAUCCAGGACAUCAUCGUGGAGACACAGGAGGGUCGGGAGACGCGCUCGGCUCGGGAUGCGCUGCUGCUCUGGUGCCAGAUGAAGACAGCAGGGUACCCCCAUGUGAACGUCACCAACUUCACCUCGAGCUGGAAGGACGGGUUGGCCUUCAAUGCCCUCAUCCACAAGCACAGGCCUGAGCUGGUUGACUUCCAAAACCUGACCAAAUCCAACGCGCGGCACAACCUGGAGCACGCGUUCAGUGUGGCCGAGCGGCACCUCGGCAUCACCCCACUGCUGGACCCCGAAGAUGUGUUCACGGAGAACCCCGAUGAGAAGUCCAUCAUCACCUAUGUGGUGGCUUUCUACCACUACUUCUCCAAGAUGAAGGUGCUGGAGGUGGAGGGCAGGCGCCUGGGCAAGGUCAUUGAGCACGCCAAGGAGACCGAGAGGAUGAUUGAUGGCUAUGGGGGGCUGGCUUCGGACCUCCUCACCUGGAUCGAGCAGACCAUCGCCUCCCUCAACAGCCGCAGCUUUGCCAACUCCUUGGCUGGGGUUCAGCACCAGCUCCAGUCCUUCAGCACCUACCGCACUGUGGAGAAGCCCCCCAAGUUUCAGGAGAAGGGGAACCUGGAGGUGCUGCUCUUCACCAUCCAGUCGCGGAUGAGAGCCAACAACCAGCGCGUCUACACCCCGCACGAGGGGCGCCUGGUGUCCGACAUCAACCGGGCCUGGGAGCAGCUGGAGAAGGCAGAACACGAGCGGGAGCUGGCGCUGCGCAACGAGCUCAUCCGGCAGGAGAAGCUGGAGCAGCUGGCGCGGCGCUUUGACCGCAAGGCAGCCAUGAGGGAGGCCUGGUUGAGUGAGAACCAGCGCCUGGUGGCACAGGAUAACUUUGGGCACGACCUGCCUGCGGUGGAGGCGGCCAAGAAGAAGCAUGAGGCCAUUGAGACGGAUACAGCUGCCUACAAGGAGAGGGUGAAGGCCAUAGAGGCGGUGGCCAAGGAGCUGGAGGCUGAGGGGUACCAUGACAUCCAGCGCAUCAACAAGCGCAAGGACAACAUCCUGCGGCUCUGGGAGCAGCUCCAGGAGCUCCUGGCUGCCCGGAGGCAGCGCCUGGAGAUGAACCUCACCCUGCAGCACCUCUUCCAGGAGAUGCUCCAUUGCAUUGACUGGAUGGAUGAGGUUAAGGUGCAGUUGGCAUCACCGGAAUCCGGGAAGCACCUUCUGGAGGCCGAGGAGCUGCUGCAGACCCACCGGAUGCUGGAGGCUGACAUGGCCCUGCAGGCAGAGAAGACUCGAACCAUCAGCACUGCCGCUCUCAGCUUCGCCGACGCCGAAGGCUACCGCCCCUGCGACCCCAAAGUGAUCCGUGACCGUGUUGCCCACCUGGAUCUGUGCCGUCGGGAGCUGCAGGCGCUGGCAGCGCGGCGCAGGGCAGUGCUGGAGCAGUCGCGCUCCGUGUGGCUGUGCCUAUGGGAGCUGGACGAGGCGGAGACCUGGAUCAAGGAGCAGGAGCAGCUUAACUCCUCGCUGGACUUCGGCAGGGACCUCCCGGGGGUGCAGCUCCUGAGCCGCCGCCACGAAGCCUUCGAGGCGGAGCUGCGGGGCCGGGGGGAGCGGCUGGAACGGGCUCUGGCGGCGGCCGAGGGGCUGUCGGGGCCCAAUGCGGAGCGGCUGCGGGAGCGGGGCUCGGCCGUGCGGGUGCUGUGGGCUCAGCUGCAGGACUUGGCCGCGUUCCGACGGCGCUGCCUGAGCCAGGCCGAGGGCUUCUUCCAGUUCCAGGGGGAAGCGGAGGAGCUGGAGGAGGCGCUGCGGGAUGCGCGGCGCAGAGCGGGGGCUGCGGAGCUGGGGCAGGAUGAGUCCCGCACCCGGGUCCUGCUGCGGCAGCACCAGGAGCUGCUGGAGGAGCUGCAGGGAGCUCGGCAGCACCUGGAUGCGUUGGCCCAUAGAGCGGACGGGUUCCCGGCUGAGCUCCGGACCGGCCCCGAGGCACAGAGCCGGCUCCAGGCGCUGCGGGAGCUGCUGACCGAGGCGGAGGCGCUGGCGGAGAGCAGGGGACGGCAGCUCAGGGAUGCGCUGGAUCUGUACACGGUGUUCGGGGAGAGCGAUGCCUGUCACCUCUGGAUGGGGGCGAAGGAGACCUGGCUUCGGCACAUGGAGGUGCCGCAGGCGCUGGAGGACCUGGAUGUGGCGCAGCACAGGCUGGAUGGGCUGGAGCAGGAGAUGACCACCGUGGCCUCCCAAAUCGCUGCCGUCAACCAAACAGCCGAUGGUUUGCUGGCAAGUGGUCACCCAAGCAGCCCCCAGGUCCGGCAGUGCCAGGAGCAGCUCAAUGAGAGGUGGCACCAGUUCCAGGCGCUGGUAUCCGAGCGCCGCAGGGCUGUGGGCUCAGCCUUGCGCUUCCUCAACUACCGCCUGGAGUGCCAGGAGACCCAGGAAUGGCUGCAGAGCAAGACCCAGGUGGUGCAGGCGACCGCGGAGCUGGGCCGGGACCUGGCCGGUGUCCUGGCCACGCAACGCAAGCUCUAUGGCAUCGAGCGGGAGCUGGCGCUCACCAAGGACCGCUUGGCCACCCUGCGCUCCGAGGCCGACCGAGUAGCCAAGGAGCGGCCGGAGGUGGCCCCGGAGGUGUCGGAGCGGCUGGACGCGGCCGUGGCCGCAUGGGAUGCGCUGCAGGCAGCGCUGGCAGAGCAGGCAGCAUCGCUGGGGGAGGCAGGGCAGCUCCGGCGCUUCCUGCAGGACCUCGAUGACUUCCAAGCGUGGCUGUUCGGGGCUCAGAAAGCCCUGGCGGCCACCGACCAGGUGCCGGCAUCGCUGCCGGAGGCUGAGGAGCUGCGGCAGCGCCAUGAGGCUGCGUGUAGGGAUGCGGAGGAGCACACGUCAGCCUUCAAUGCGCUGAUGGAGGCCGGGGAGAGGGUGGUCGGGGGGCAGACGGACCCACAGUAUGAGGGGCUCCGGCAGCGGCUCUGUGGGGUCCAGGAUGGAUGGGCUGCCCUGGGCAGGAUGGCAGAGGCUCGGCAGCGAUUCCUUACCCAGUGCUGCGGCUUCCAGGAGUUCCUGCAUGAUGCCAAACAGGCCGAGAUCCUGCUCACCAACCAGGAGUACACACUGGCACACCUCGACCUGGCCGGCACGCUGGAGGGCUCGGCCGCGGCGCUGCGCCGGUUCCAGGAGUUCCGUGCCGGCAUGGAGAGCAAUGCAGAGAAGGUGCCCAAGGCAGUGAAUGGUGGCACCAAACUGGUGGCCGAGGGGAAUAUCUUUGCCGAGAAGAUCGCUGAGAAGUGCCAAAGCCUGCAGGAGCGGCACGGAGCCGUCAUGGCCAAGGCAGAGGAGGCAGCAGAGCUGCUGCAGGACAACCAUGAGCUGCAGAGCUUCCUGCAGAGCUGCCGCGAGCUUGAAGCCUGGAUGGAGGAGAAGAUGCUGACGGCACAAGACGCAUCCUAUGGUGACACCCGCGGUCUCCACGGCCGGUGGCAGAAGCACCAGGCGUUCAUGGCAGAGCUGGAGGCCAACAAGGGCUGGUUGGAGAAGACAGAGGCGGAGGGGCAGGAGCUGGCGCGGCGCAAGCCCCGGCACCGGGAGGCUGUGGCACAGCGGCUGGAGGAGCUGCACCGGCGCUGGACCAGGCUCCAUGGCGCUGCCGAGGCCAAGGGCCGGAGGCUGUUCGAGGCCGAGCGCUCGGCGCUGUACGCACGGAGCUAUGGUGAGCUGGAGUCAUGGCUGAGCCGCGCCGAGCAGGAGCUGCGCGGCACCGAGCGCGCCGAGGACCUGCCGGCCACCAGGGCACUGCUCAAGAGGAUCAUGAGGUUGGAAGAGCAAGUGGGAGCAUGGAUGAGGGAGCUGGAGGAGCUGGGAUUACAGGGCCCAUCCCCUGCCGGGGAUGUGCCGGAUGGUGACAGGCACGACCAGAGGCUCCGGCAGCGGUGCCUUGAGCUGCUGGAGCCAGUGCAGAGGAGGAGGAAGGAGCUGGAGACAGCUAAGGCCAUGUACCAGCUGGAGAGGGACCUGGAGGACGAGUCGCUUUGGGUGCAGGAGCGGCUGCCCCUGGCGAGGUCAACGGAUCACGGCACCGACCUGCCCAGCGUGCAGCGCCUGGCCAAGAGGAACGAGACGCUGCAGAAGGAGCUGUGUGGCCAUGGGCCUCGCCUGACCGAGGUGCUGAGCAGGGCUGAGGAGGCCACGAGCGGAGAGGAGGCGAGGCCGGAGCUGGAGGCGAGGCUGCGGGAGCUGCGGCAGCAGUGGCAGCAGCUGCAGGAGGAGGUGGCAGCGAGGCAGCAGAGGCUGAGGGAGGCUGCUGAGGCUCAGCAGUAUUACAUGGAUGCUGCGGAGGCCGAGGCUUGGAUCAGUGAGCAGGAGCUGUUCAUGGGGGACGAGGAGAAGCCCAAGGACGAGGAGAGCAGUUUGGUGAUGCUCAAGAGGCACGUGCGGCAGCAGAGGUCCAUUGAGGACUAUGGCAUUGCCAUCAAGGAGCUGGCGACGAGGGCUCAGCAGCUGCUGUCUGCUGGGCACCCCGAGGGGGAGCAGAUCAUCCGGCUGCAGGGCCAGGUGGACAAGCACUAUGCGGGGCUGAAGGAGACGGGUGAGCAGCGACGCAGGAGCCUGGAGCACAUGGCUCACCUCUUCCAGCUGAAGAGGGAGGUGGAAGACCUGGAGCAAUGGAUCGCAGAGCGGGAUGUGGUGGCCUCCUCGCAGGAGAUGGGGCAGGACCUGGACCACGUCACGCUCCUAAGGGAGAAGUUCCGGGAGUUCGCUCGGGAUACAGGAAGUGUGGGGCAGGAACGUGUGGACAGGGUGAACCUGACCAUCGAGGACCUGAUCGAUGCGGGGCACACGGAGGCAGCCACCAUGGCGGAGUGGAAGGAUGGCUUGAACGAGAGCUGGGCUGACCUCCUGGAGCUCAUUGACACCCGCAUGCAGCUCCUGGCUGCCUCCUAUGACCUGCACAAGUACUUCUAUGAUGGUGCUGAGCUCCUGGCACUCAUCGGUGCCCGGCGCCAGGAGCUGCCGCAGGACCUGGGUGAUGACACCAGCUCGGUGGAGGCUUUUCACCGCAUGCACAGCGCCUUCGAGCGAGACCUGAGGCUGCUGGAGACACAGGUACAGCAGUUCCAGGACACAGCAGCGCGCCUGCAGACAGCCUAUGCCGGGGAUCAGGCCAGCAGCAUCCAUGAGCAGGAGCAGGAUGUGACCCGGGCGCUGCGGGAGCUGCUGGAUGCAUGCAGCGGGCGCCGGGCACGGCUGGAGGACACAGCCGACAGGCACCGGUUCUUCAGCACCGCACGGGACCUGCUGUGCUGGAUGGAGAGCAUCAUGAGGCAGAUGGAGACACAGGAGAAACCUCGGGAUGUCUCCUCAGUGGAGCUGCUCAUUAAAUACCACCAGGGCAUCAAGGCUGAGGUGGACACCCGGGACAAGAACUUCAGUGCCUGCAUCGAGCUGGGCAAGAAGCUGCUGCAGCGCAAGCACCAGGAGUCACCCGAGAUCAAAGCGAAGCUGGUGGAGCUGGUGGAGAAGAGGAAAACCAUGAUGGAAAUGUGGGAGCAGCGCCGGGACCAGCUGAUGUUGUUGCUGGAGGUGUGCCAGUUCUCCCGCGAUGCCUCAGUGGCCGAGUCGUGGCUCAUGGCACAGGAGCCCUACUUGGCCAGCAGUGACUAUGGGCACACGGUGGACGCGGUGGAGAAGCUGCUCAAGCGCCACGAGGCCUUCGAGAAGUCCUCGGCCACGUGGGAGGAGCGCAUCGCGGCCCUACGGAAGCUGACCACGCUGGAGCUCCUGGGCGGGCGGACGCUGCGGGAAGGGCUGGUGCGGGACGGGACGACGCAUUCCGAGGCUCCGGAAUACCGCCUGGAUCUGGAUGGGGAGCUGGAGCAUGGGUCUGAGGAGGAGGAGGAUGAGGAGAAGAGGAAGGACACGAGCACACAGGACACGUCUGCACCCACCACCGAUGGACCAGAGCCGCUGACGGGGCCGGUGGGUGAUGAGGAACCGGCAUCACCGCGGCGCCAGGAGCCGGAGGAACCGGCAACGCUCCCGGCUCGCGCCAGCAACAUCCAACUGGAGGGGUACCUGGGCCGCAAGCACGACCUGGAGGCAGCCACCAAGAGGGCGUCCAACCGGUCAUGGAGCACGCGGUACUGUGUGCUGCGGGGUGGCCAGCUCGCCUUCUUCAAGGAUGCCAAGAGCCGGGCGCUGGGGCUGCCGUGCCAUGGGGAGGAGCCCCUGGGGCUGCAGGAUGCUGCCUGCGAGGUGGCCGCUGGCUACAAGAAGAAGAAGCACGUCUUCAAGCUCAGGCUCAGCAAUGGCAGCGAGUGGCUCUUCCAUGGCAAGGAUGAGGUGAGGGGUACCCGGAGCACAGGGGUGGUUGGUGGUGACCAGGGGCAUGGUGGUACCCAGGGGGGGGCAGAGGGUGACAUGUAG